AUGUCAAGAUAUCCAGCAACAACAUCCAAUGACCAGAUAACAUCAAGAAACGUUAGAGGUAUAAUGAAUGAUACACUAAUUGACGAUGAAGAAGAAACAAAUCCACAAGUUAAUGUAAUUACUAGAGCAGCAGCUAAAGCAAUUACGAGUAAUAACAAUAACAAGACAAUAGCAUUAACUGGUAAUCACACUAAAUCCCCAAAGCCAGCUCAAACGAUGACACCAUAUUUAUCCACAACUGCAAUGCAACUACGUCCAAGAAAUAAAAUAAUAAAUCCCAAAACAUCGAUCGGUAUACCGUCAACGUCUCUGCCAGCGAUCAGCAAGGUAUCCACAGCAACACCAUCAACAGACUUUGAUAUUACAAAAUUAAAAAUGGAACAACAACAGGAUACAGUCAUCCUCGAUAAAAUCAAAGAAACCAAGCAAGAUCCAACUAUAUUGUCGUAUGAGGUAGUCGAUGGUCUUUUAUACAAGAUUGCGUCUAGAAAGGGCGCCAAGGACGUCAAAUUACCAUAUCUACCACAAUCAAUGAUUCCAAAAGUCAUGGCUGCUUAUCAUGAUCAUCCAACAAGUGGACAUUUUGGCAUAAGACGGACACGGCAUAAAUUAAAAGAUCGAUAUUUCUGGCCCAGUAUGAUGUCAACAAUCGAAAAUUAUAAUAAGUCAUGUGAAAAAUGUGCCAAGUUUAACAUCCGAAGAACCAAAGCACCAGGUAAAUUACAUCCUAUCACACCACCCGAGGGUAUAUUCGAAACAAUUGGAAUGGAUUUUUUUGGGUCCAAUACCUUAUCCAUCGGCUGA